AUUAAAAUAGAAUUUAAGGAUAUAAAUAGAAUUAAACGCAACGACGUCGUUUGUAUAUCGCUGGCUGAGAAAAAAUAUGCAGCGACUGCGAGAGUCACCACCACCGAAGACGCGUUGUCUUGGAGAAGCUUCCGACAUUAUUCCGGCCGCCGAUCGAUUUCUCCGAUGUGCGAAUUUGAUUCUCCCAUGGCUAAACCCUCGAGAACUCGCCGUUGUUGCUCAAACCUGCAAAACCUUAUCCCUAAUCUCGAAAUCUCUAACCAUUCACCGAUCUCUCGACGCUGCACGAUCCUUGGAAAACAUCUCAAUCCCGUUUCACAACUCCAUCGAUUCUCAACGAUACGCGUACUUCAUCUACACACCUUUUCAGAUCCCCGCUUCAUCUCCUCCUCCGCCGCGACAAUGGUGGGGAGCUGCUGCUAAUGAAUGUGGAUCGGAGUCUAGACCUUGUUUUGACUCAGUGAGUGAAAGCGGACGUUUUGGGGUGAGUUUAGUGGACGAGUCAGGAUGCGAAUGCGAGAGGUGUGAGGAAGGAUACUGCAAGUGUUUAGCUUUCGCGGGGAUGGAAGAGAUAGCUAACGAAUGUGGGUCGGGUUGUGGAUGCGGGUCCGAUUGUUCGAACCGGGUUACGCAGAAGGGGGUUUCGGUUAGUUUGAAGAUUGUGAGAGAUGAGAAGAAAGGUUGGUGCUUGUACGCUGACCAGCUUAUCAAGCAAGGCCAAUUCAUCUGUGAAUAUGCAGGUGAGCUAUUGACAACAGAUGAAGCACGUAGACGUCAAAACAUUUACGACAAACUCAGAUCAACACAAUCCUUCGCUUCAGCUCUUUUGGUCGUACGCGAACACCUCCCUUCAGGACAAGCUUGUUUAAGGAUAAACAUCGACGCCACAAGAAUUGGGAACGUUGCUAGAUUCAUCAACCAUUCUUGUGACGGUGGAAAUCUCUCCACUGUUCUGUUGAGAAGCUCAGGAGCGUUGCUUCCUCGGCUCUGUUUCUUUGCAGCAAAGGACAUAAUCGCAGAGGAGGAGUUAAGUUUCAGUUAUGGAGACGUAAGUGUGGCCGGAGAGAACAGAGACGACAAGCUAAACUGCUCUUGUGGUAGUUCCUGCUGUUUGGGAACGUUGCCUUGUGAGAAUACCUGAAUUCAUCAUCAUCUUGUCUCGCUAUACUAAUGUCCAACACUCUUAUUAUUUGAAAAAUUCGAGUUCUAUGUUUGUAGCAAACACAACCAAGCACCGUCAUUGUCAUUCGGAAGUUACACUUUCUUAUUAAUAGCGGCUCUACUGAUUUGGAGAAGGAAUGGGGGAAAUUUAGAAGUAAUUCACGAAAAUGAACCCACCAAAAUGAAGUCAUGAAAUACUAAGAAUUUCGUGAAAUAAAACUAAUUUUGAAAAUGGCAAAGUACGGAAAAAGAAAAGGGAGGAUUAAUGUUGUGAAGAAAAGGAGCACGACAGACAUGAAGGUUGGUUAGCUUACUAAAGAACUCCACACGAAACGGUCAACACGAUUCUCGUGCCUCUCCUCUCUCAGACACUCUCACAUAUAUACUUACUUCUCUAUCCAUACGAAAUUACGUACGAAUACGAUACUUAGAUUGUGGUAGCUAGCUAUACUAUACAAUUUGUUAUUAAUCAUUGUAUCGUACAUUUGUUUUACCUUUUGAGACAAUUAACUUUCGUCUGAUUUAUCUUCCUUUUUUCCUUAAGAUAAAGAACAUUCAUGUGA